AUGGAUUUAAUUGAAUUUGCCGAGCGGGGAAUCAUCCCAGAUUGUGCGAUUCGUAGCGGUAUUCGCAGAAACAUCCGUCGACGACUGGCCGAGAUCGAAACCGGCGACUUUGAGGCGCGGCCACGUCAAUUGGCCGAAUUCGUUCGUAAUCUGCGAGGUGGGCCACUAGUGGUGGAACAGGAAGCCGCGAACGAUCAGCAUUAUGAGGUCGCGGCAGACUUCUAUUCACAGGUGCUCGGACCUCGCAUGAAAUAUAGUUGUUGCCUCUAUCACGCCGGGGUAAGCACUCUGUCAGAGGCGGAAGAUCGCAUGUUGGAGGUCACAUGUAAGCGAGCCGACAUCCAAAAUGGAAUGAGAGUUCUCGAUCUUGGUUGUGGAUGGGGAUCUCUUACGCUGUGGAUUGCCCAGCACUUUCCCGAAUGUAAGGUGACUGGGCUCUCAAAUUCGAAGAGCCAACGCGAGUUUAUUCUGUCUCACGCCGAGAGCUUGGGGCUCGGCAAUGUUACAGUUAUUACCGCCGAUAUUCGGGAUUUCGAGCCCGAUCACACCUUCCAUCGAAUCGUUUCCGUGGAGAUGUUCGAGCAUCUGCGCAACUAUGAACUACUCCUGAGACGGGUAGCCAAAUGGUUGCAUGAUGCAGGGAAGCUAUUCGUGCAUGUCUUUUGUCAUCGUCACACGCCCUAUCUCUUUGAAACCGAAGGGGCCGGGAACUGGAUGGGGCGGAACUUCUUCACCGGUGGAAUGAUGCCCUCGGAGAACUUACUGCUGUACUUUCAGAAUGAUCUGGAGCUUUGCGAUCAUUGGCGGAUGAAUGGAGAACACUAUUCGCGAACCUGUGAAGCGUGGCUUGCGAAUCUCGAUAGCCAUCGUGAUCAAGCAACAGAGCUCGACACAUUAGUGAGGUCCAGUUCUCCGGCCACGCGACUCAUUUCGAUACUGCCGCGACACUGUGCGGGAGUCUAUACUGCCGAUUGUUUCUUGUCCGCAUUCAUGAUGAGCAUCGGUAAUCCAAUGGCACGAAUAACUUUUGUCUUUGCUGCGUUUCUGAUUGUCCUCGGUCUUUUCGGCUACUUUGGUGACAGUGGAGGUCAGGGGGCGGUAGAUCCGGAGACAAUUCCCAAUUCUAGCGAAACCCAGCCCAGCGCGGGCGAGCCUGCACCUAGCAAGCGAUCGGUAACGGCCUUGAUUCCUGCAUUCACAGGAAUUCUUUUGAUGCUUGCUGGCUUAAUCGCCCUGGUUGAAGGAUGGCGAAAGCAUGCGAUGCACGCCGCAGCGGCCAUCGCCCUGCUCGGGUUCAUCGCCGCAGGGGGGCGGAGCAUUAUGGGGCUGGUGAAACUGGCCUCCCCCGAGGCAGAUGUAAACAUUCGAAGCCUGACCUUCGUUUGCAUCAUGGCUAUUCUCUGCGGUACUUAUCUGGUCCUCUGCAUCCGGUCAUUCAUUGAGGCUCGGCGACAAAAACAAUUGGCGACCACGUAA